GCCGGGCGGGCGCACACUUGUGCUUGCAGCGUCGCCGCCGGGCUCUCCUCAGCCUGCGUCCCGGUGUCCGCGGCCGCUGUCUGCAGCCCUCGGUGCCCGCCAGCCCUGCUCCGGUCGGAGCCCCACGUCCCGCGCGCGUGUCCUCCGGAUCGCACGGAGCCCGUGGUCAUGAAGCCAGCGAAAGCUAAGGUGCCCAGGAAACCUGUACUGAAAAAAGGAUCUCAGACAAACCUUAAAGAUCCAGUUGGGGUAUACUGUAGGGUGCGCCCACUGAGUUUUCCUGAUCAAGAAUGCUGUGUAGAAGUGGUCAAUAAUACAACCGUGCAGCUCCAUACUCCUGAGGGUUAUCGACUCAACAGAAAUGGAGACUAUAAGGAGACUCAGUAUUCAUUUAAGCGGGUAUUUGGCACUCAUACCACUCAGAAGGAACUUUUUGAUGUUGUGGCUAGUCCAUUGGUAGAUGACCUCAUUCAUGGCAAGAAUGGUCUUUUGUUUACAUAUGGUGUUACGGGAAGUGGAAAAACUCAUACAAUGACAGGUUCUCCAGGGUACGGAGGCCUGCUUCCUCGCUGUUUGAACAUGAUCUUUAACAGCAUAGGGUCGUUUCAAGCAAAACGUUACGUUUUUAAAUCUAAUGAUCGGAACAGCAUGGAAAUACAGUGUGAAGUUGAUGCCUUAUUAGAACGGCAGAAAAGAGAAGCCAUGCCCGUUCCAAAGACCCCCUCUAGCAAGCGACAGGCAGAUCCAGAGUUUGCAGAUAUGAUAAAUGUACAAGAAUUCUGCAAAGCAGAAGAUGUUGAUGAAGACAGUGUCUAUGGUGUAUUUGUCUCUUACAUUGAAAUCUAUAAUAAUUACAUAUAUGAUCUAUUGGAAGAGGUGCAGUUUGAUCCCAUAAAGCCCAAGUGGAACGGCUGCAGUACACCUAUGAGGAACCCAGAGUCUGUACUCCCACAAUCCAAAAUACUCCGAGAAGAUAAGAACCACAAUAUGUAUGUUGCAGGAUGUACAGAAGUAGAAGUGAAAUCUACAGAAGAGGCUUUUGAAGUUUUUUGGAGAGGUCAGAAAAAGAGACGUAUUGCUAACACCCAUUUGAACAGAGAAUCUAGCCGUUCACAUAGCGUGUUCAGCAUUAAACUCGUCCAGGCUCCCCUGGAUGCCGAUGGAGACAAUGUCUUACAGGAAAAAGAACAAAUUACCUUAAGCCAGUUGUCUCUGGUAGAUCUUGCUGGAAGUGAAAGAACCAACCGGACUAAAGCAGAAGGGAACAGGUUACGUGAAGCUGGUAACAUUAAUCAGUCACUAAUGACGCUCAGAACAUGCAUGGAAGUCCUGAGAGAGAACCAGACGUAUGGAACUAACAAGAUGGUUCCAUAUCGUGAUUCAAAGCUAACUCAUCUGUUCAAGAACUACUUCGAUGGGGAAGGGAAGGUGCGGAUGAUCGUGUGUGUGAAUCCAAAGGCUGAAGACUAUGAAGAAAGCUUGCAAGUCAUGAGAUUUGCUGAAGUAACCCAAGAAGUUGAAGUAGCGAGACCAGUAGACAAGGUGAUAUGUGGCUUGACACCAGGGAGACGAUACAGAAACCUGCCUCGGGGUGGCCCAGUUGGAGAUGAACCUUUGGUGACUGAGAUGACUCUACAGAGCUUCCCACCACUGCCUCCAUGGAGACUUCUGGAUAUCAACGAUGAGGAGACCCUUCCAAAGCUGAUUGAAACGUUGGAGAAACGGCAUCACCUACGCCAACUAAUGACUGAGGAGCUUAACAAACAAUGUAUGACUUUCAAAGCCUUAUUAAAAGAAUUUGACAAUUCUCUUUCAAAUAAAGAAAACUACACUCAGGAAAAACUAAAUGAAAAAGAAAAAUUGAUUUCAGGACAGAAAUCAGAAAUAGAACGACUGGAGAAGAAAAACAAAACUCUGGAGUAUAAGAUUGAGAUUUUGGAGAAAACAACCACGAUCUAUGAAGAAGAUAAGCGCAAUCUGCAGCAGGAGCUUGAGAGCCAGAAUCAGAAGCUUCAGCGGCAGCUUUCUGACAAGCGCAGAUUAGAAGCCAGGUUGCAAGGCAUGGUGACAGAAACGACGAUGAAAUGGCAGAAGGAGUGUGAUCGUCGGGUAGCAGCCACCCAGCUGGAGAUGCAGAAUAAACUCUGGGUCAAAGAUGAAAAGCUCAAACAGCUGAAGGCCAUUGUGACUGAACCUAAACCUGAGAAGCCAGAGAGACCCUCCCGGGAGCGGGACCGGGAAAAAAUCAUUCAGAGAUCCGUCUCUCCUUCGCCCAUGCCUCUUUCUAGUAACAAUAUUGCUCAGAUUUCCAACGGCCAGCAACUCAUGAGCCAGCCACAGCUACAAAGGCGCUCUAACUCUUGCAGCAGCAUUUCUGUAGCUUCCUGUAUUUCGGAGUGGGAGCAGAAACUGUCUCCGUUCAGCACACCUGUCAAUGUCACCUCUCUUGCAAGGCAUAGGCAGCAGGAGCCAGGACAAAGUAAAACGUGUAUGGUGUCAGACAGAAGGCGGGGCCUGUACUGGACGGAAGGCAGGGAGAUGGUCCCUACAUUCAGCAGUGAGAUAGGCGUAGAAGACGACCGUUGCCGCAGGAACACACCAAUUCCUGUACGACACAGAAGGUCCCGCUCUGCAGGGAGCAGAUGGGUAGAUCAUAAGCCUGCCUCUAAUGUGCAAACUGAGACAGUCAUGCAGCCACAUGUCCCUCACGCCAUCACAGUGUCUGUUGCAAAUGAAAAGGCACUAGCUAAGUGUGAGAAGUACAUGCUGACCCACCAGGAACUAGCCUCCGAUGGGGAGAUUCAGACUAAAGUAAUUAAGGGUGAUGUUUUUAAGACCAGAGGUGGUGGACAAUCUGUUCAGUUUACUGAUAUAGAGACUUUAAAACAAGAGUCGCCGACUGGUAGUCGAAAACGAAGAUCGUCCACAGUAGCACCUGCCCAACCAGAUGGUACAGAGUCUGAAUGGACCGAUGUAGAAACAAGGUGUUCCGUUGCUGUUGAGAUGAGAGCAGGAUCUCAGCUGGGCCCCGGAUAUCAGCACCAUGCACAACCCAAGCGCAAGAAGCCUUGACCUGACAGCUCUGGUAGCAGAAGAAUGUUUCUGUUUGUGUUGGUGAUUUCUCCAAAGCUGUGCCAGACGCCGUGUCUGAGUCAUCCUGCAGAAGAAUGUAUCUAGAUCACAUCGUAUUUUUUAUUGUGACUUUUCCAACUGUUCUGAAUAUUUUCUAAGGUUUUAUAAAAAAACAAAAAACAAAAAUGCUGCUAUUGAUUAGCCGCAAAAAAAUGCACUUUAGACAUAUUUAACAAUUAAGACUUUCAAAAUAAAGAUGGUGAUUGGCCAAUGGUAAAGCCAUUUUAGGAAGGUGUUUAGAAUUCUGUAUGUAUAUAUUCACUUUCUGCUUUUAUAUAUGCCAAAAGAAUUGAAAUAAAAAGCACUAAGAAGCA